CCAAGACUAUUGUCUGGUGAUAUUCUUUUGGGAACAAACAAUAGGAUAUAUAAUAAGAAUUCGUGCAUAACAUGGAUUUGAAGUAAUUCAUUCAACCAACAUGUCUUUAAAACCAUUUAAGUCCGAUUUAGAGGAGAUCAAGGUAUCUACACUGAAGAUUAAAAAAAGACUCGACGAGCUUUCUCAACGCACACCAAAAUGUCAAUGGUUUUCAGAAAAAUAUCUAUUACUAAUAUUGAAUAACGGAUAUUGCAGUGGCGAUCGUAUAUCCCAAGUUCGAACAGAUAUACAAAAUCUGGGUUCUCGCCUUGACCGUUUUGCGAGUACACACGACAAAGGCGUCAACACACACGAACAUAGAUUCCAACGGAUACAACAACAGAUAGUAGAACUCAACGAUUUGAUACUCUCAUGUCAGUCAAAUGAAGGCGUUUUAGAAGAUGUACAUAAAGCUUCGACGACAGGAACGCAAUCUGUUGAAAGUGAUAACACGAAUGUUUCACAAAGCGACCGCGAAGGUUCAACUGGAAACUCAACUGAAAACAGAUCGUCUUCGACGGGUGCAGCAUUCUCACCUGCCCAAAACAAUUCCUCCGCCAAUCGCCCGUUUAGCGGGGAAAAUUCGAUAAGUGAGUAUACCACCACAAGAGAGUCGCUUAAUCCAGAGCGGUUCGAUACUCAAGGAACUAGAAGAAAAACAAAAAGAGUUACAUUUGCUGAACCUGACACAGAAUGGCAAACGAUUAGACAGACUACCAAGAGUUAUAUGGACAUGGAUAUAUGGAGGACAUUGGCACAAAGCACGCUCAAUUCUGCUUUACAGACAACGAGUGAUAUUGAAUGCAUUGUGACGGUGCUGUUACUGGACAUAUCAGAGAGCAUGGCGACAGGAGAGGCGUGGAAACAAACCAAAACAUUUGUCAAAGACUUUCUUAAAGGUUUAAACGAAAUAAGAUCUAUUGGAGAUGAGCAACUGAAAGACGAAUAUGUCGCCGUUGCAACGUUUGGACACGAGACUAGGUUACAAAUGCUGCUGUCGUCAAAUUAUGAUUCAGUUCAAGAAAUCGUUGAUCGUUUGACGCCGGGUGGUCCAAGUCCGUUGUAUGGAGGAUUAUGGAUGGGUUUAGCAGGAGCGAUGUCAUGCAAAAAGGCAAGGUUCACUAGUAACGGAGUUACCAUUCUUCCAAAAAUUAUCAUCCUUUCCGACUAUCGACCAACCGAGACAUUGCUGACCCAGGGACCCGAUGUGCCAGAUUGGGAAAAGACUGACGAGACGUUAGCCAACGUCAUGUCAGCAUUGGGGGACCUAGAUCGAAGGGGAAUGACAGUGUUUGUUGUGCCUGUGGGAGACUAUGAUCAGGAGUUUGUAAACGUUAUAAAGCCGGCUGGCAGGAGAUUGUACAAUCACACAGAAGGACGUCGACUUGCACGGCGGCAUUAUCUCUCUGUUAAAACAGAUUUACUUGUAUUAACACCAAUAUAUGACGGCAUGUUCUCGUCGGAAGAUCUGGAUGACAUGCUUGAGAUUCGUGUUGAAUCGUUAAACCUUAGACUUCGAACUCGGCAAGUAGACCCGGAGAAUAUGUACAAGGAAAGUGCCAGCAAAAUAUUUCCCCAGAUUGGUUCCCGCGUUCGGAGAGGCCCGGACUGGCACUCGAAAAAUCAAGAUCACGGUGAGCCUGGCACAGUUGUGGGACAUGACGAGGAAGAUUCCCUAAUAUGGGUGACAUGGGACGCAGAUGAUAACACCAACGUGUACCAUUACGGAGGUGGUGGUUAUGAAGUGUUGGUCUACGACGAACCUCGGACGUUGAAACCAGGAGAGAAAAUCGCCGUAGGUUGUUGGGUGAAACCAGGCAAAGAUGGCAAGUUUCAAAAGAUCCAUGAGUGGAACAAGGGUGUAGUUAUACGUGUACAACCACCAAAGGCUCAUGUCCGAUGGGACAGUGGCGCGCGAGGUGACUAUAGUUACGGGGAGGAUGGAAAAUGUGAAAUCGAACUAUGUGCAACACAUCCGCAAUUGGAAAGAACAGACCUAGUUUCAACCGUAAAUAAUGCAGCUUUGAAACUACGAAAAAAGAACAAAAACAUGUAGCUGACACCAAUCUAUUUGCUUAGAUGCACUUUGUGACAGUUUCAAGUUACUGUUAUGCGUUAAUUUAUAACAUGGUAUAUCAUAGUAAUUGGAGAAUGGCAUUCCACUAUUUUUUAUCCCUGGGUAGUGCAAUUCCGCAGUGAUCACAGUGCAGCGGCCUUUAUCAGCGCUGAUCAAUACACAGUGCAGCGACCUUUAUCAGCGUUGAUCAAUACACCGUGCAGCGACCUUUAUCAGCGCUGAUCAAUACACCGUGCACCGACCUUUAUCAGCGCUGAUCAAUACACAGUGCAUCUUUAUCAGCGCUGAUCAAUACACCGUGCAGCGACCUUUAUCAGCGCUGAUCAAUACACAGUGCAGCGACCUUUAUCACCGUUGGAUGUGAUGCACGUGAUGUAGGUGUGAGCGGUCGCAGGUUUUUAGCGGGAGAGAAAAUUAAUACAUUUUAGCAUUUAACAGUGUUUUAGGUUAUUAUUUUGAUUGGAAAUUAAUUGGAUUAUAUGUGCACAUGUGAUUUACAUCGGAAUAGUAUGUUGGACAAUGCC